AAUUGAUUCAGUACCUCUACUCCUCUUUGCGAGGAAAAAAUAAAAAAAUAUUAAAAAAUUCUCAUCUUCCAACAUUAACACAUCACCUUCCUAGUAUUAAGUUAGACUACUCCUAUACUUCUUAUUAACUCCUUCGCCAAUCCAUUACUAUUAUGUCUAAACAAUUGAGUAGUAACAUUCUUCGCCAUGUAUUACCUUUCACAAGGCGUGCCAAUAACUUGGCAAAACCUCUCGUCAGCCGCAUGAACAAACACCAGCAUGCAUCACUACAAGUCGAUGAUUAUGUCAAGACUCCUGACCAUACCCUCUCGAAGGCAUCAACAACAGCAAUAUCUCCAAGCGACAAUAGCAUCAGGACUAGCAGCAGCAAUUUGGCUGCAAAAGUUACAAGAUUGUCAAAUGGAGUCCGUGUGGCUACGGAAGAUAGCCAAGGGCACUUUGCAUCAUUGGGAGUAUAUGUAGAUGCAGGAUCUAGAUAUGAGGAUGAUUCUACACGAGGCGUAAGUCAUAUCCUCGACCGUUUGGCGUUCAAAUCAACCACAAAUAGGACUAGCGAGGCUAUGAUGGCUGAUCUAGAGACCGCAGGAGGCAAUGUGAUGUGCUCGAGCUCAAGAGAAUCCAUCAUGUAUCAAUCUGCGCUAUUGCCCCAGGAUCUACCUCGAAUGCUCGCUAUUAUGGCAGACACCAUCCGUAAUCCGGCUAUCAAGGAGGAAGAAUUGGAGGAACAGAAGGUUUCAGCAGGGCAUGAGAUCCACGAGUAUUGGUCGAAGCCUGAGAUGAUCUUACCAGAGUUGUUGCACACAGUCGCAUAUAAGGAUAAUACGCUUGGCAAUCCAUUACUGUGUCCUAUGGACAGUCUAGAGACAAUGACCACGGAUAACAUCAAGGGAUAUAUCAAGACGUGGUAUAGGCCUGAGCGGAUAGUGGUCUCGGCAGUUGGUGCAGACCAUGACAAGGUUGUAGAUUUAACCGAAAAAUUAUUUGGAGACAUGAAGGCGCCAGCUUUAUCAGGGGCAGGGGAUCAAUCAGCAUCACCAUUAGUGGAAUCAUCGAGGACCAAGAGUGGGCUUUUCAAGUCGUUGUUUGGUGCUAAAACUGAAUCUUCAGCAACCAUUCACACACCUGACUUUAAUGCUCUUAGCCGGCAGGCUGCCAAAUAUACUGGGGGCACUCUUUUGAUUGAGGAUGAAACUCAGCCUUUCACUCAUCUCUUUGUUGGAUUUGAAGGCUUGUCAAUUCAUGAUGAAGACAUUUACGCUUUGGCUACCUUGCAAUUGUUGAUGGGAGGUGGAAGCUCAUUCUCAGCUGGUGGACCAGGCAAGGGCAUGUACUCACGGCUGUUCAGCAAUGUGUUGAACCACUAUAACUGGAUCGAGUCCUGCAUGUCUUUCAACCAUUGCUACUCUGAUUCGGGUCUCUUUGGUAUUUCUGGAUCGUGCUAUCCUGGGUAUGAAACCAUGCUAUUGGAGGUUAUCGUCCGAGAACUCGAGCUAACGACACGGACAGGUCGUGGUGGCAUUGCACAGGGAGAGCUGGAUAGAGCUAAGAAUCAGCUUCGGUCGAGUGUAUUGAUGAAUUUGGAAUCCAAGAUGGUGCAGUUGGAAGAUUUGGGUAGGCAAGUUCAGGUUCAUGGAUACAAGGUGCCUGUGGAAGAACUGUGUGCCAAAAUUGAAAGGGUGACCCGCCAAGAUAUGGUCCGUGUAGCUCGCAGGAUCUUUGGAGGUCAGGUUGGACUAACAACGGGUGGUUCAGGCGAGGUUACGAUCGUAGCUCAAGGCUUGACUAAGAGCCUGGAGGGUGCUGAGAAGGUUUUAGAAAAGUAUGGUCUUGGUAAAUCCGCUAAAUGGUGAUAAAAACAGUGGAAAAACGAAAUAAGUCUUAAAAAAAAGCUUCGUGGAGCAGCUUUUGAACAUCUUGUCUUUAUGGUGUAAAGAGCACAAAACAUAUUUUAGAUUCAAAUGUCAUUAUCUCUUCCAGCAGUG